GCUGCCCGACCCACCUACCUCUCUUUCCUGCUCCCUCGCUCAUUUCUUUCUGCCUUUCUUUGUCCCUCGUCUUUAUCCCACGUUUCCUUCCCUUAAGUCUUCCUAUAACAUCCUUUUGUCCCCAGCCCCCGGACUUGGUAAGUAGUAAACUUUUCCUCAUGUCUCGUUUUUUAUUUAUUUAUUAUUAUUAUUAUUAUUAUUAUUUUUUGUUUAGUUUUGUAUUUUUUGGGUUUUGACAAUCUUUUUUUUUUUUCAUUGUCUCGUAAUGCGGGCCACUACAUAUUAUUCAGCAUUCCCACAAUUAGAUCAGGAAUACGGAGUCUGAUUGGUAGACUCACAUUGUCACUAGCCUUGACACUAAAACAAUCCAUUUAAACUACGUAAGCAUUAUGCUUGUGUUCGGUUUGCACAGAAUUAGUAUUUUUGGCAGGGAUGUUCAGUUGCACUAGAAAUGCUGUGAGCAAGUCUGAUGGGAAGAUUUUCAUAGUUGAAGACUGUGUCAGCCAGAUAUUCAUAGCUGGUGACUGGGCCUGCUUUAGCCAGAUUUUUUUAAUAUUUUUUUUAUCACCCCCCCCUGCCUUAGCCAUUUCCUGCUCACUCAGCUUUAGCCAGUCAGGCAGUCCUUUCUCUGUUAUGGUCCUCCUCCGCCCGUAACCUGUGAGCUCAUUCUGUCAGAUGGCCGUGGCUCAGUGAUGCACUGUCGCAGGGCCAGGCUGGGAUCCACAUAGCUGUCUAAUGAUGCACGUGCCUUUAGCGUCUGUCCAGCAUUCUUCACAGCCAACCAGAUCAAACAAAUCACUGCCACUCUCUUAUUCCGGUUUCAUACGGAUUCAAAAUAGGUUUACAUGUGAUGCGUCUUCAAAUGGCACUUCAUUGCCGUCCACUGCUAGUAUGAGCAAUCAUUGUUUGAGCUGCCAUUUUAAAAUGAACAUAAGGAGCUUCAUUCAUAUUUAUACUCAUUCAGAUGAGUCCCAUGGUGUGAUUGGAGAUGUUACAUUAAUGGCAUUUGGCAGACGCUCUUAUCCAGAGCGACGUACAGUUGAUUAGACUAAGCAGGAGACAAUCCUCCCCUGGAGCAAUGCAGGGUUAAGUGCCUUGCCCAAGGGCCCAACGGUUGUGCGGAUCUUAUUGUGGCUACACCUGCGAUCAAACCACCGACCUUGCGGGUCCCAGUCAUGUACCUUAACCACUACGCUACAGGCCGCCCUGACCAGAUGUCUACAGAUGUUUUGCUUAAUCCUUGUAAUAUGCAUUGGAAAAUGUGGUCGACCAUCAAAGACCAUAGUAUCUAGUGUUAGGUGCCAAUGGAAUUCCACCAAAUAGCCAGAGCCAAGUCUGAAAUGGUUCUGUUUUUAUAUAUGCAGUUCUUAGAAAACCGUAUAAGCCUUUCUGUAGGCUUCUGUCUCAGCUUCUUUAGCUAAUUUUGCUCCUUCUGCUGGAAUUGUGAAAAUAAUUGAUCACUGUUAUUUUUCAAGUUGUCCACUCAGCUUAAAACCAUGGGUUGCUACAUGGAUUAGCAUGUUAAAUGUAUGCCUUUUUAGCAUUAUAUACGUAAAGAAUUCAAUCUUCUCAACCCAUAAGUUCAGCCCAAACAGAUGCUAUCCUAUCACAUCACGGUUCUGGGGCACGUGAGGCAUGUCAGUAAAUGGCGAAACGUGUGCUGGAUAGACACUCAAAUGCAUGCAGGGGUGGGCAGAAGGGGGCUGCUGCUUGGAAGAAGAGCGUGAGGCGGGUCAGGGAGAGGAGGGUUUUCCGGGUGGCGGAGACGGAAACCGGAUCCUCCGGCUCCAUUCUCGAAGUUUUGAUUCACCUUGCAGCGCUUUCCCAGGAGAGUCAUGAGCGGUGUUUAUUAUUAGCACGCGUCUCAGCUCUCGCCCACUUUCCUUUAGCCCUCCUCAUAUCGCUCUGUCCCUCUCUCUGCUCUCCACCCUUUCUGUCCUUUCCCCGUUCUUUCGCUCUCUCUACCUCCUAACCGCCACUUUCCUGCUCUCCGCUUUCUCCUUUUCUUCUCUUUCCCCUCUCUUAACCCCCCCCUCCCCACUCUCACUUUCUCCUCUGCUAGUGUUUGUAUCUUCCUGUGCUUUUCUCUUCCUCUCUCCCUCUCUUCCUCCCCCCCCCCCCCCCUCCGUCCCCUUCGUCCUCUCCCUCCCGUUGCGCGAGAGCGAUGGGCAAAACCGAGCUGUAUUCGGUGUAUAAGACCUGCGUGGACUGUGUCUGCCUGUGCCUGUCUCAGCGGAGCACCGGCCGGACGCGGGCGUUGAGUGUGCAGGACGACGAAGAGGGGCACCUGGUCUAUCGGAGUGGGGACGUCCUGCAAGAGAGAUAUGAGAUUGUCGGCACGUUGGGGGAGGGCACCUUCGGGAGGGUAGUGCAGUGUGUGGACCACCGCAGGGGCGAAGCGCGCGUGGCCCUGAAGAUUAUUAAAAAUGUGGAGAAGUACAAGGAAGCAGCACGACUGGAGAUUAACGUUCUGGAGAGGAUCAACGAGAAAGACCCAGAGAACAAACAUCUGUGUGUGAAGAUGUACGACUGGUUCGACUACCACGGCCACAUGUGCCUCUCCUUCGAGCUGCUGGCCCUCAGCACCUUCGACUUCCUCAAGGAGAACAACUACCUGCCCUACUCCAUCAGCCAGGUCCGCCACAUGGCCUACCAGAUCUGCCAGGCCAUCAAGUUUCUCCACGACAACAAGCUGACCCACACCGACUUGAAACCAGAAAACAUCCUGUUUGUGAACUCCGACUUCACCAUGACGUACAAUGUGGAGAAGAAGCGAGAGGAGCGGACGGUUAAGAGCACGUCGGUACGGCUGGUGGAUUUCGGCAGCGCCACUUUCGACCACGAACACCACAGCACCAUCGUCUCCACGCGGCACUACCGCGCCCCAGAGGUGCUGCUGGAGCUGGGCUGGAGCCAGCCCUGUGACGUGUGGAGCAUCGGCUGCAUCCUGUUUGAGUAUUACCUGGGCUUCACCUUGUUUCAGACGCAUGAAAACAGAGAACACCUGGCCAUGAUGGAGAGAAUACAGGGGCCCAUCCCCUCUAGAAUGAUCCGGAAGACCAGGAAACAGAAGUACUUCUAUCGCGGCCGGCUGGAUUGGGACGAGAACUCCUCUGCGGGCCGAUAUGUGAGGGAGAACUGCAAGGCUCUGCGGCGCUACCUGCUGUCGGAGGCCGAGGAGCACCACCAGCUGUUCGACCUGAUCGAGAGCAUGCUGGAGUACGAGCCUUCCAAGCGCAUCACCCCCACCGCCGCCCUGCGCCACCCCUUCUUCUGCCCCCUGCGCGACGGGGGCGACCCCGGGGGCAGCAAGAGCUGGGAGGGCAACCGCGACAUCAGCCGGUGACCGGGGGGCCGGGGGGGGGAAGGCCAGCGCCGGGGCUCCCCUGCUCUCCCACUCCCUCCCCCCUGAAGCGCACAGCGUGUGCUGACUGGAACGGCUCAGGCAUGGGGGCGUGGCCACAGCCUCAGACUCUGGGGCUCAUUGGAGGGCGGCUACCAGAGAACGAUGACUUGACAGCGACACCAGCCAAUCCAAGUUAACCUGAGAAUUGACCUUGGUGGGUGUUGGAAGGGGAAGGGGAUGUGGGAAGCCCUCCUAAAAUCUCUCCGCUUCAAUUUUCUGAGAGGCUCAAACUGAACUCUGCUGAUUGGAAGAGAGAUUGGGAAUACGAGAGCCCUCCGAUGACACGGACAGGUGUCUGGCUGUCUUUUAGGGGCUCUGACGCGUAAUGAGCCUUUGCCUGAUCCUGAUUGGACAGGGCGGGUCUCGUGACAUCACCAGCCGACAGUCACUCAGCGCAGUUGCGGGUCGGUGCCUCAGUGAGCCGCUGGAUCUCAGCCGGGCCGACGGCCCUGUUUCCCUCUGAUACUGACCUGGGCUCCUUAAUGGUAACUGACUGCCGCUCCUUGUUCCUCAGUGGCAUUAACUUUUACAUGGUUUUUCAUCGCUCUGUUGGCAGCAAGUGUCGUCACACACACACACACACACACGCACAGAGUACACUUUCCUUGUUGCAAAGAAUGCUGCCUGUCUGUCAUGAAUUGAAGCACACAGUCUGACCUACUGCAGAUAUGCCCUCUAUGCCGCAGACACACAGCCUAGCCGUUUACAGUAUUUAUUGAUACAACUGAGCAUCUGUUUUUGUUUUGUUUUUUUUGUAUGAAAUGAACUUUGUAUAAACUGUAUAUAUGUACAAUUCUAUAAUAAACGUAAGCUCAUA